UUCCUCAGCCCCAUCUGAGCUAAACAGGGUGGAAGUGGAUUCCUUGGUGUCGGUGAAUAACUGAAGGAAUACUAUGGACUGCAAAUGGAAGUGAGGUGAAUUCUACUAUUGGCUGCAGGCGCAGUGUGUCUAUGGAAGUUAAUACCAUUUUUUCGGAUGAUGAUAUACAUUUUUGAUGUCUGUAUGACAGAAUAUGAAAACCAAAGAUUAAACUCUGUCGUCUCUGGUGUUGGAAUAAAUGACCCCAUGGUACAUCUGGCUUCUGCUUUCAGGAUUAUACUGAUUAAUAAUAUUGCACUUCAGUGAGUGGAAAAAAGCACGUUGUUGGAUUAUUGUCAGAGCACCAUGGACCAAGAAGAAUUUCCUCCUCCUCCACCUGAAGCUUUUAAGAAUGACAUUGCUAACGGAGCAGAGGAAGAAGAAGAGGGUGAACAGUUUGAAUUUGAAGACAGUGGUGAUGACAUUCCAGAGGCGGAUAGACAUCCACCUGUUCCUCCCCCUCCUGACUAUAUGAAUUGGACCGAAGACCACACUGUUAACAACUUACAAUCUGUAACUAAAGAGGGAGAGCCAUCACCGAAAGAGCAAGCAGGUGAUCAUACCAGUGAAAAUAUUCCAAGCAGUCUUUGUAGUUCAGAAAGUCUUCAACUGGGUGAAGCCUGUGUUGUAAGAGAAGAGGAUGCUUUAGCAAGAUGGGUUGCAGAUCCUGCAAACACAGCAUGGAUGGACACUGAAGUCAUCUACGAUGAUGUCCCAAUAGAAAAUUCAGACUCCGCAACAGAUCAAGAAGACAUGAUUUAUGACAGCGUUGAAAAGGGGGCGGGAAACCGUGGUUCUGGUUGCACUGACUAUGGCUGGAGUUCCAGUGAGUUUGAAAGCUAUGAUGAGCAAAGUGAUUCAGAGUGCAAGAAUGGAAUUUCCGAAGCAGGUCUCCAAGGAAAGAAGAAAAGUCAUAUUUCACAAGAUUUAUCUCGCCUGAAGGACCACUAUGAGAAGAAGAUGAAGGGCCUGAUGUCAAAUGCUGUUGGGGCUGUGGAAAUUCAACAGACGAAGCUGAAACAUGAGCAAAAGAUGCAGAAGCUAAUGAAAGCUGCAAAAGAAGGCACAAAAGAUGGAUUUGAGAAAACCAAAGCAGCUGUGAAAAGAGGUCGUUCUCUUAUAAAAACAAAGUCAUUCAUCCCACCAGAUCACAGGUCUGCAUGCCAUGAUGAUGAAUCAAAUACAUUUAUUGAAGUAGACUGUGUGGACACAGAAGCAGUUAUGACACCCAUGCCAGAAGGGUUAUCACAGCAGCAGGUGGUUCGAAGAGGCAUCCUUGGUUCAAUUGUUGACAGUGAGAAAAAUUACAUAGGUUAUUUGAAGCAGAUAUUGGAGCAAUAUGAGAAGCCGCUUUCAGAAACAGAACCCAAACUGUUAAGUGAGAGAAAACUAAAAGUAGUGUUCUAUCAAAUCAAGGAAAUUCUGCAGUGUCACUCCUUGUUCCAAAUAGCACUGGCCAGUCGCGUGGCGGAAUGGGACUCCAGUGAAAUGAUCGGGGAUGUAUUUGUUGCUUCAUUUUCUAAAUCAAUGGUGUUGGAUGCAUAUAGUGAAUAUGUGAAUAACUUCAGUACAGCAGUGGGACUGAUAAAGAAGACUUGUACUACUAAGCCCACAUUCCUGGAGUUUCUGAAACACUGCCAAGAUACCAGUCCAGAGGGCAUAAACCUAUACAGUUUAAUGAUGAAACCAAUUCAGCGCUUCCCACAAUUCAUUGUUCUCUUGCAGGAUAUGCUGAAAAACACACCUAAAGGACACCAGGAUAGAUUGCCUUUACAGAUGGCACUUACAGAGCUUGAAACACUUGCUGAUAAACUCAGUGAGAGAAAGAGAGAAGUAGAUCAGCGUUGUGAAGUAAAACAAAUAGCAAAAUCAAUGAAUGAACGAUAUACAAGCAAGCUUCUCAGCAGUGGAAACAGGUACCUCAUACGAUCUGAUGACAUGAUAGAAACAGUUUACAAUGAGAAAGGAGAAAUAAUUAAAACCAAAGAACGUCGACUUUUCUUACUGAGUGAUGUACUCUUAUGUGCAACUGUGAACACUCGGUCUGCCUUUGAUAGCAGUGGAAUAGUUCCAGCCGGACAGAAGUACUUACUGAAAUGGAGUGUGCCUUUAAACCAGGUGGAGGUGAUAGAAUUUGGAGGAAAUGAAGAGCUUGGGGAGUCAAACAGAUAUCAAGUACAGCAGCAUGUUGAGAAGGUGGCAGUCAGUGCUAAGCCAAAUAAAGUUUACAUGGGACCAGGACAGCUGUAUCAGGAUUUAGAAAACUUGUUACAUGACCUCAGUGUUGUUGGACAGAUUUCAAACCUUGUAGGAAACCUCAGGGGAAUCUACCAGAAUUUGAAUCCAGCUGUUGCAAAUGAUUGGUCAUUAGGAUUGAAAAGGCUGAUAAUGAAAAAAGAAGAAGAAAUAAGAGCUGCAGAUCGCUGUAGAAUCCAACUCCAACUUCCUGGCAAACAUGACAAACAUGGAAGACCUGUAUUCUUCACAGCAGUAUUUAAUACAUACACUCCUGCUAUCAAACAAUCUUGGAUCAGCUGUUUACAAAUGGCCAAGCUGGCCUUGGAAGAAGAUAACCAGCUGGGCUGGUUCUGUGUAGAAGAUGAAGGAAACCAGAUAAAAAAACAAAAGCACCCACUUCUUGUCAGACAAGUGCCUGUCAUGAUGGCAAAACAACAAGAAUUCAAGGUGGAGUGUGCGGUUUAUAACCCUGAACCAUACAAUGGAUACUCGAUUACAUCUGAGCCUUCAUCUGUGGAACAUGGGUUCUUGUGGAUUGGAAGCUGCACAAAUCAGAUGGGUCAGAUUGCAAUAGUUUCACUUCAGAAUUCCAAUCCUAAGGUCAUUGAGUGCUUCAACGUGGAGUCUCGCAUACUAUGUAUGGUGUAUAUACCUGAGAAGGAGAUCCCGGAAGAAAAAUGUAUAUCUCUGGAACAAGAAGAUGUUGUGGAAAAGCCUUGUUUGGCCCCUACUAUUUGCUUGGGCAUGGAGGAGGGAAGUAUUUCUGUGUAUAAGAGUAGUCAAGGAUCAAAAAAGGUUCGACUUCAACAUUUUUUCACACCAGAGAAAGCAACAGUAGUAAGUCUGACUUAUGAGGCCCCACAUUUGUAUGCUGGUCUUGUUAAUGGAAGCAUAGCUGUCUACACAAAGACAGAAGAUGGCUUGUGGAACUCAGAAUCUCCAAAAGUCAUAAAUCUUGGAGUUUUACCUGUAAAAAGUUUGCUGGUGACAGAAGACACACUGUGGGCUGCCUCUGGUGGUCAAAUCUUCAUAAUCAAUACAAAAACAUUAACUGUGGAACGCCAGCUUGAUGCCCACCAGGAUGAAGGCAUGGUCAUUUCCCACAUAGCAGUGGCUGGAGUUGGAAUCUGGAUUGGCUUUACUUCUGGAUCAUCUUUGCGCUUGUUCCAUAUUGAAACACUCAAACAUCUCCAGGAUAUUAAUAUUGCUACUCCCAUCCACAAAAUGCUUUCAGGACAGCAGAGAGUUUCUGUGACUAGCCUGUUGGUGUGCUACGGACUGCUCUUGGUAGGAACUAAUGUGGGAAUGAUCGUAGCACUACCAGUUCCUCGACUACAAGGCAUUCCAAAAGUGACGGGAAGAGGUAUGGUGUCAUUCCACAGCCACAGUGGUCCAGUUAAGUUCCUUACAGUGGCAACUGUGGCAAGAAACAGGAGAAAACGCACUGCCAGUCAGCCUUCACAGACUGAAAAUACAGACUCCAGCACAGACUCCAACACCAUCAAACAUGCUGAAGGACCAGAGGUUUCUGCUUCUGCUGACAAAGGUGUCUGGCUCAGUAGUUCUGUGGGAUCAAUUGCCCAACAAAGUGACCUAUCAUCCUCUUCAGGGUCACUGGUAGUAUCUCAAGGAUCCUAUGCAGUCGAACAUAGUCUUGAGGAAAAUGUAACAUAUGACCUUUCAAGUGACCUCAAUGUGCCUCUCAAAUGUAAAGCCAGUGAAAGGUCCAGGAAAACAAAGGCAGAUUCUGUAAUGGUCAUUUCUGGAGGACAUGGACAUAGAAAUUUGAAUAAAAGGUCCAAGCAGCAAAGACAAGAAGAAAGUGUUCCUAAUGUUAUGGUGUGGCAGAUUCCUCUGCACUUUAGUUAGAUGGUCUUUAGCUGCUGAUGAUUGAUCAGAGCAGAAACAAGAGGAAGUGUAAUAAAUACACUAAAAAGUAUUUAAGCAUUAUGAAUACAUGUUCGAAAGUGCUAUUAUUUUAUUUAUGUUUAACUUUGCACAAACAACUUUUUAAGUAAGCUGAAGAAAAAUAUUCGAGUGUUCUGUCUAGGUGCACAAAAAUUCUGUAUAUGUAAGGAAGAGGUAGAAAGCAAAGUUUGUUAUUUCUUUUUUGCUGAGGUGUAAAACUGGAAAAAACAAAAAUGGCACAUGAAAAAUUAGGUCAUAUGUUAUUUGCAUUUUUUUAUUUUUUAAAUGGUUAUUAAUUCUAAUUAUUAGUAUUGCCUUUCGCACUGACACCCUGCAGUUUUAGAGAGAUACUGUGAGCAUAAUAUCACAUAAUUUGCCAUAGAAGACACUCAAAGUUAUGAACUUAAGUUGAUGUAUAGCUUCAUGCCUGAUUAAAAUACUGUGCCAGGAUGGAAUACAAGAUAAUCUACAUUGCUUUGGCGAAUAUUGUAAUAUUUUAAUAUGCACAGUGGUGUAACAGACUAGUUUGGGUAAAGUCAGUCAUGUCCUCACUCAACCCCAUUUCAAGGUUAACUAAGGCUGUCUCCUUGGUAGUUAUCUGACAGGCAAAUAUACCACAUGUGACAAGGGCCAUCAGAAAUCGGUGGAGGUCACAGAUUCAAAACAAGCAUUAUUAAAUUUGAAGUGCCUAGUAAGGGAAUGAGACUGAAAGGACUUCCGCUGGCUGUGGGUCAAACAAGUUGUGUCAGAAGGUAUGGAGCAGUUGCAUUUCUUGGGGGGGGGGCUGACUGGAGGGUAAAAUAAUCUAUCACUUUGUAAGUGCUACAGUGUGCACCCAAAUGUUAUAUCUACCAUAAACAGAGUUAGCAGGCAUUGUAUCCAAUGUAUGCCUCCAUAAGCUGAAUGUAUAGGGCAACUGCAACUGCUGCCUCAGCUAAACCCACAGACUUUUCUUAGACUUUGUGUCUCCCAACAUGACAUUGGUUGAUGUCUUUUUCUGCCCUAAUAACAUCUGUCUGGGUAGUUUGCAGUGCUCUUGUGCCAAACCUUUCAUCGCCCAUGCUUGCAUAUCUCAAAAGGUGAUGUUAUGUUUGCUUGGCUAUAAAUGCCACUAAUUGGUGGCACCCCCAACAACUCUUAUAAGUAUCAAAACCAAAACUGGACACAACCACCACGAUGUUAUAAAACCAGUAUUUAAUGUCGAAGUAAAACAAAAUAUGAUAAAAUAACUCUUAUAAGUAAGCAGAGAUGUAGCAGUCUGUGAUGCAUUAGUUUGCAUCUUAUGGGCAGGAUAACAUCAUACCUCUGUUACGUUACUCCUAAGAACUCUACUGGGUGAGUUGUUUUACUUUGACAGACUCAAGCACUUAUGCAUAUUGUUUUAGAAAACUUAAUGCUAAAAUUCUGUCAUGAAUUUGUUUACAUAUAUAUAUUGUAUGGCAAGACUGAGAACUAGAUCGGUAUGUUUAUUUGUGUCGACUUGACUGAAGUCAUAACAAUCUGUAGGUUAAAAAAGUAAACAUUCAUAGUAGAUUGUGAAUACAGUUGUUUGUUCCCAUGACUGUAAACUGUAUAUGAUAUCACACCCUUUGUUGCAGAUGAUAGCUCAGAAUGACCUGUAACAGGCAGUAUCUGGGAAACCAGCUUUUGGGUAAAUGCAGUUAAAACUAAAUACAUUAAAUCCGCUUCAGACUGGCAUAUUUUGGGAAGCUCUAAUCAUUAUCAGCAUAUUGUAGGCUUUCAUUUAAAAUAAAGUAAAGACAGAAGAAUCUCCCUUGAAGUGUGAAAUUACUUCAUAUUUACUGUCCCAUAACCUAAGAUGCCUUUAAACACAGAAGAGCAAGUCAGGUAAGAUUAGAUUUAAGAGAUGGUAGUGGUUUGUACAGUUAUACGGUAACAGAUAUAGGUCAUGCUUGUGUUUUCAGAGGUGUUUGCUAUAUUAGCAAUGAUAAAUGGCAGCAUUUAAUAUUUUAUAUUCAUCUGCUGUGUUUGGUACCACUUCUUCAUGUUAUAUUCCCUUUAAUGCUUUUAAAAGGAGUUAUUCAUGUCAGAUACUUUACACAGCUUCUGUCUCCUAGAUGUUCACAAAUUAUCAUUGGCAGGUUUUCAAAUUUUCUACAUCUGCUAUCUUAACUGUCAAUGUAAUCACUUAACUUGCACAAAGGAACCGGUACAGCAGAACUAGAGCAAAAAUGGAUUACCUAAUCCAAUCACACUAGUGAUUCAUAAGAAUUAACUGCAAAUGCUGAAAAAAGUUAGGAGGCUAAGCUGCUGCAUCCUCAUUGGUAUGUGAGCAGUCUGACACAGCACUGAAAGAGAAUCAGUUAAUAGAGCCCAGUGCUGCAUUGCAUACAGCUUUUAGAUAUUUUUACUAAAUAGGAACGUUUCUUGUAUGUGUCAUAAAUAACAUGUCCUAGAUGCCCACACAGGACACAAUUCUGACAGUUCAGGUACAGUAUUUUGCUUUAAAGAGUUUUUAGACACAUGCUAUUUCUUUCCUUACAGGAUGUUUUCAACAUCAUUAUACUGCUGAAUAGUCUUGUCUUAUGAAGAAGUGAAUAUUGCUUCAUUUUUCUUGAGGAUUGAAGCUGGUCUCACAUUUUUAUGGGAAUUGAGCAGUCCAAUGUAAUUUGCGCUUUCAAACUAUAUAUGCCCAAAGAAUGCAUGGAACCUGUCUUACGCACUAGAAGUGGCUUCCAUGAUAAUACUUGUGCACAAUUUUACAAAUUAGAAUGAAUGUUUUUACAUACAGUGUUUUGCUGGUGAUAUUUUUCACACAGUUCACUGUGCAUAGCAUUUAAAUUUGUUGUGCACGCAUUCCUGACAUAAAACAUUUUCUGUAUGACUGCAGGUUUUAAAUCCGUUGUGUCUGUCUUAUUCACUGUCUCCAAAUAAAGAAAAUAAGGCAUGCGACCUUGUCAGAGUGCCUGAAAAUAAAAGUACUCUGCUCACAAUUUUCACAUUUUGCCAUUCCACCUGUAUUUAGUGUCACAGAUAUAGCCACACUGCCACCACUUCUUCCUGUCUGAGAGUUCUGUGUACACCACACUUUAUUGUCUGCUAUUACGGGCAGUGCAGUAGUCCAAUGGUGAGCAUUGUCACUUCACAGCAAGAGGUUCUCUGGUACAAUUCUUGGCCGGGGUGCCUCCUGUGUGGAGUCUGCAUGUCCUUCCUGCAUUCACGUGGGUUUCCUCCAGGUGCUGCAGUAUCCUCCCACAUUCCAAAGACAUGCCUCUGGAGAGUUUCUCCCCGGGCUUCUGCUGAAAAUAGGCUCUGUCCUAGUUGGACUUUCCCAGUCAACAAAUGUUAAAUAAAUUUAUUAGUAUAAAAGGGAUUGGCACAUAAGAUGAUUGUUCUGAUGAAAUCUACAGACAGUAAAUGAAAGCGCUCAACCUGUUUUUAUUGUACAAUAAUAUUAAAUCAGUUUUUAACCAGAUGGAACGUGACACUUAUUUAUCUUGGAACCAUUUACAUGUUUUAUUCAUCUGGUAAUGUUAAAUAAAUACUACUCAGUCCUUGGUUGGAAUACAUCUGUUGUUGGACUGGCUAGCAUUCCUUGGUAUAGUAUUACAAUGAUUUCUGACUCCCUGACAGAGUUGACUAGAGUGCUUAGAAGGUCCAGUGCAUGUGAUCACAAAUCAAUUUUCACUUCUGCUCCUAAAACUCAAAUUCAUAAACUUUUGGUUUGUAAACCCAUUUCCAAAUACAUCAUGUUGGGCUUUGUAAACCAAUACUAGGUUAGCCUUCCUCCUGUUAUAUUGAGUCUACAGAACUAUAUUUUCAAUCUCAGUGCUAUAAAUAGCUUAUUGCAGGAAUGCAUCUGUUAAAUUGCCUUUUAAUCUGUUAUAUAAUCAUUUGUAUAAAUGUACUAUAUAUAAAUAUUCAUAAAAUGGCUUAACUAAAGAUAUGCACAGAUUUAAAAGUGCAUUACUUUGUUUGUAUUCUAUGUGUUUUAAUCUGUACCUCAUUAUCCUGUUCAGUUUAUAACAAGCAAAGUCACUUUUAUGUUUGAAUGAUCCUUUGGAGUAAUUUAUUAUGUUAAGCCUUUCUCAGUUCCUGUUUAUUUUGAUACCUAGAUAUGAAAAAUGACAUAACCUACUAUUCCAAGAUUUUUGCAGUUAUGUAUAUUUGAAAUAAAAUGAAUUGGUAUAGGCAGCUGAGUCGUUGACUUUCUGAUUUAAAAUAUGAGUAAAUGAUGCAGUGCUCUUUUUUAAAUUUACAGAUCAUUUUCCAUUUUAAUAUCUAGUACUUUUGAAUCUGUUGUUAAACUCAUACAUUACCAUGUUACCAUUAGGGGUCAUAUUCAAUGAACAUGACAGCAGACACAAAAAGUAUGAAGAGCCAGUCCAUAUAAUCAUGUAACCCUAUAGUUCCAGCAUAUGUAUUGCAAAUGAUUAAAUAUUACUGACUAAUGCAUUAAUAUGGUGUCUCCUUCUACCUUAUGUCUGUGGCCUUACUCGAGCUUUGAAACUAUAGAUUUGCUUUUGAUGAAGUCAUGUUAAGAACAACAUACCUAUCUAAGAAGCAUAGAUUCUUGGCUCUAACUUAGUUGCUCAAGUUCCAUCUGCUUGCUGACCACCAUUUUGAAGCCUGGUACUCAUUCUCCCGGCAGCUUUUAAGGGCUACCUUUCAAACAGGCAUUCUAGUCUGCUGCCAGGUAAAAGCAUCUGUUGUCAUGAGCGAGAGGAAGUGAAUGGAAGAGAUACAGUUCAGGAUACUUGAAUGACUGAGGGAUUUAGGAUUAGGGUUAGGAAGUGAAGUUUGGAAUCAUGGUUAGGGAGUGACUUGGAGUUUUAGGAUUAAUAAUAGGAUCAAGUUUGGGAUUAGGGAAUGAGUGAGAGGUUUAAGGAGUGAUUUUUGUGAUUGAGGGUCAGAAACUGGGAGUUUAGGGUUAAGGAGUGAAGUUUGUGAUUAGGGUUAAGAAACAAAGGAGGGGGUUAGGUUUAAAGAAUGAAGCUUGAGAUUAGGAUAAGAUAACUAUUGAGUUUUAGGUUUAGGGAACAGACUUUGGAAUAUGGAUUAGGGAGUGACUGAUAGCUUUAAAGUUUGGUUUAGGAAGCAUAGUUUAGGACUGGAGUUAGAGAGUGAAUGGAAGUUUUAGAUCUGGGAGUUUUAAGUUUGGGGGUCAGGGUUUAGGAUUAGGGUUAAGAAGCAACUGUGAGUUUUAGGGUUAUGGAGUAAGGUUUCAGAUUAUGGUUAGGGAGUGGAUGGGACUUUUAGGAUCAGAAUUACUGUACUGAAUAGGCAUAUGUAUUAGUGUAGUAGGCUGAAAACUCCUGGAGGUUCAGUACUUGCUGUUUUGAACAAGUGACAGUGAUCAGGUCAUCUGCAAGCUAAUGCCAUGCAAGCACCUAAAAUUGAUUUUCUGUAUUUUCUUCUGUCUGGCAUUCCAAAAUUGACCUGUUGAAGGCAGGCCUCUCAAAUGUCCCUGUUUUGUAGGGGCACCCCUGAUGUUUCUCAUAGUUUUGUUCCAUUCCUCCUAAAAUUGGAAAUAAUUUUCAGAAUUUCUAAGAUAAUAGUGCCAACAUUUAAAAUAUGUCCCUAAUUUGGGUAAUUUUCCUUAGUUAUGUUUUACUUUGUUCUAAAUGCUGUUGGUAAAAGUUGAGAAAUCUGGUUAAAGGUGGAAUUGCUUUUUGGCCUAUAGUUUUCUGUUUUUGUUUCUCUUGCCUUGUGUUUAAAAAUGUAUUAAUACAUGUUUGUAAAUGUAUUAAUUUAGGCCACUUUACAGUCUUGUAGAAUUAUAUCAUCUGCAGUGCAUUUGCCAAUCAUUCAGUUCCCUAACACAAUUUUUAAAGUGCAAAAAUACAUUUUUUUCAUCAUGUCUUGAAUAUUCUCCAAUGUACUAAUGCAUUGGAAUCACCGUAACUGUCAUAUUUUAUAUUUUAAUUUAUUUUACCAUAAAAUGGCCAUUGAUGGUACCAGCAAUACUGAUGUGAUUUUGCUUCUCAGAGAUUUUGUCUUUCUCCCACUGUAAAAUCUGUGUCUUCUGUAUAUGAAACAUGUUACACAUAGGUAAGCACUUUCUUUCAUUUAAAUAUAGUACCAGUGCUGUGACUGAGUGACGUCAUAACCUCUUGAGGUAAUGUAACAUUUUUUUCACUGGUGACCCUAACUUAUGCUAAAUGCAUUCUGCUUUACACAUGUAUAAACUCUUCAAUCUGGAGAGCUAAAACAGCAGGGCUUUCUGGAAUGGCAAACCUGUAGAUCUUAAACAAUUGCCAGACUUCCCUGUACUCCCCUGUAAUGUGAAAUUUGUCAAUGUGCCUUUGUAAUACUCCUACUAUUUAUCUGUGGCAGAAACAUGUCACUUCAAAAGAUGAUAGGUUUACAGUAUUAAUUAGUUAAUUAAUUAAUUUAUUUAUUUAUUUAUUUUUGCAAUGUCAAAUUCUGCAUGAAAGUAAAAACAAAUGAGAUGUUUGUUUAUGCAGUGCUGCAGUAUAACUCAUUCCUGUUUUUCACACAAACAUUUAACUAAAAACUGUGAGAGGAUUCAAGAAGAUAAAAUGAUAGUCUCUCUAUUAAAAUGUAGGCACUCAUAACCCUGAAUGCCGACAGACCAAAAAACUAAAAUCAAACAUUCAGGAAAUGAGCAAAUCUAGAGUGUUGCUCUUUUCCUUUCACCUUCUUUUUAGCAGGGGGGCUUGUCCCCCCACACCCCAAGCCUCCCACACCAUCUGAACUUGUAUAUACCUAGAUUGAGAUUGCCAUACCUUGGAUAAAAGGGAAUAUUCUGGGAAAUGGCCAUCUCAGACUUGGUAUAUGUAAGGCUGUUUUUCCAGUCCUCUAGUGGGUCCCAACAUUUCAAAUGAUUACCACUAUGGCUUGUACACCUCCUGAUUCAACAGCCACUGUGACAUGACUGUACACAGCAUACUCCUCAACUUCUUACCACAAGACAUCUAAACAAAGACAAAAAUAAUGGUGGGACAAAGUCCCAAAAUCAGGGACAGAUUUUAAAUGUUGCUCUUAUACACUUAGAAAGCUGUUAGAAUAACAAGUUUUGCAUUAGCUUGUAUUUUCUGUUGGUUCUGAAGUUUGAAACUCAAAUGUCUGUCAUUAUUUAGUGAAUUUAAAUCCUCAAUGAUUAGCCAGAAAACCAUAAAUUUUAUGAGGAGUGGACCAAAAAUAUGAGGCAAAAAUCGGGACAUACUGUGAAAAUCUGCACAGCUGAGACAAAUGCAGCAUAGUCGUCUAACACAAAGAUGUGUAGCACUGCGAAUGGCUAAUGAGGUAUUCCGAGGGGGGGGCAUAUGCUAAUCAGCCAUGUGCUGUCUCCUCAGAACCACCUACAAGAAGGCAUAUACAUGUCUGAGUGAUUGACAAAAUCACUGGGUCAUGUCUGUCAGUAUGGCCAUCCCCACCACAUUACUGUACUGAACAUGGCCCAAAGGUCAUAUUCAAACACCUGCACCGAACUUGGUUGAGGAACCAGUAAACCACCAUGCAGUAACUGUAGCGUGAGUAAUGGCACCAAUGGCAGUACAGGGAUUGGGGGAGUUCGGAAGUGGCCAUUGGGAAUAUGCUUAAAUGCCACAAACAGUUGGUUAUUUCCACAAUGUGCAGAUCAGCAAUGAUUUGCAUGCCAUGGUAGUAAAUAUGAUUCAGAGGCUUGCAAACUUGCCAAUAUUGAGGUCUUACUACUCUGGUGGUAUAAAGGGCUAAACCCCUGACUACAGCCCAGCUGACCAUCGCUUCAAUAAGAGGCUCGGGUGACUGACAGAGUGGCAGGGAAGGGAUGGGCAUGCCCCUCCAAGGUGCAAGGGCAGUCAUUGAUACAUUCCCUAAGGGGAGGUAUGGGUCCAGAGAGGGAAGUGGCCUUUGGAUGUAAUCAGGGACUAUGAGCGGUGGGGAAGGGGAGUGGAUAGGUAAUAAUCCCCCUCAGAUGAAAGUACAGAUGAGCCAAUCCCCCAGGACACCCUGAGGAUAUACAACUGGCCCUAGCAAUAAAUGAGUAAGUCUGGGGGGUGGGGGGUUGGAUGGUUGCUGGUAGAUCUGGCGUGGACACUGAGUACUGGGAGCUGAGCUGGUAAACAUAAGGUCAGAGGGGACCAAAACAAAUAAAAUAAUUAGGUCUUAUUUCAUCAAAGCUAGUAGGUUUCUUUAUGACAAAUGGGCACGUCAUGGGAGAAGAGCCUCUUUAGCAUGAGCCAUACAGCUUGUGCUAGACACUUUAAUGCAUUCCUGGGUAACUCUUUUGGAAAAGAUGUUAAUGUUUAUACUUAGCUGGCCUCAGGAAGACAAUUUCCGGAUAUAAAACUGUAAACUAUUAAUAGCAAUUUUUUGUUUACAUAUUAAUCAUAUGACUGAAAAUGUGGAAUUACAAUGGAUCCUGAGGCUUGGGGCACAUAGGGGCUUAGGGCUGAAUGACCAUGUCCUGUUAAAACCUGUGCUAAAAUCAAGGAAAUUGAAAUGAAGUAAUUGUUAUAUUUGUAUCUCAGCAAUAUUGCAUUAAUUAUAACUAAAGGGGAUUGCCUUUUUUAGUUACUUUUUUAGGUUGUUUGAGAUACAGCUUUAACUACAGAGGGGGCUGAUCUUUUUUAUUGUGAUGAGAAGGUCUUUAAAAUGAUUGGAUAAUUGUUUUUUGUAUGUUUAAAUAAUGACUGUUUGUUUUAAUUUAUUGUCUGAUGAAACAAUGUGGAUCACUGCAAAAACGCUUACUUACUAUUAAAACAGUGUGGUCUUUUAA